AUGGGCAAAAGAGAGACCAGCCCCAAAGCAAAGCCUGAAACCAAGGCUUCACUGAAAGAAGCACUGAAGGGAUUGACUAAUUCGGACCUGGCCUGCGCCCCUAAAGACCAAGCCACCUACGAGAAACAUAAUGUAAGAUCCCACCCAGAACUGGCCGGCAAUCCAAUUGAGGAUGCCUUCAAAGCCAAUGUUCCAGACAAGGGAAUCCCCGCAUUCCAUCAGCUUCUUUCUAUGGAGUUUGGCAAGCUCAAGAGCACUUAG